ACGUGUAGGAGUGGCUGUCCUACAUCGCAAUGAUUGCUGCGGCUUUUUUGGUCUUAUUGAGACCCUUAAGUAUUCAGUGUGUAUUACUGCUGUUAUUGCUUUUGCUAGGAACUGUCGCCACGAUUCUGUUUCUCUGUUGCUGGCAUCGGAAACUCCGUAAUGAGAAAAUUCCCAUAAAAUCUGUGCUAACGAGGCGUUCAAGGAGUCGUGAAGCUGGUUUCCGGCCGCAUCAUUUUCGCUCUGAGGUAUGUCGUCACAGUCCACGUCAUGCGAGGAGAAGCGCGCGCCCGCGAGUGUCUGAGGAGAAGCCGCUGGUCGAGAGCGAGCCUGACUCGAGCGCGAGCGUGAGGAAGAGGAGGGUGAAGAAGAGAGUCCAGCCUGAGUUUUACCACUCCGUGCAACUCACGCCCACACGCAAACCAAGCUCCGGAUCCGGGAACGCGUCCCUGCGCUGCUCCAUGUCUUCAUCGGCGGAUUUCUCAGAUGAUGAAGAGUACAGUGUGAAGUCUGGCUCGGUGUCACCGGCACCGGGAGACACGUUACCGUGGAAUUUACCGAGACACGAGCGGUCGAAGCGGAAGAUCCAGGGAGGAUCCGUGCUGGACCCCGCGGAGAGAGCUGUGCUCCGGAUCGCGGAUGAAAGAGACCGAGUCCAGAAAAAGACUUUUACAAAAUGGAUUAAUCAGCACCUCUUUAAGGUCCGAAAGCACGUGAACGACCUGUAUGAGGAUCUGCGAGAUGGACAUAACCUGAUCUCCCUUCUGGAGGUGUUGUCCGGCGAGACACUCCCGCGAGAGAAGGGUCGCAUGCGCUUCCACAGACUCCAGAAUGUACAGAUCGCACUCGACUAUUUAAAAAGACGACAGGUGAAACUGGUGAACAUCAGGAACGAUGACAUAACGGAUGGAAACCCAAAACUGACAUUGGGGUUAAUAUGGACCAUAAUUCUGCACUUUCAGAUCUCGGACAUCCAUGUGACGGGAGAGUCCGAGGACAUGACAGCCAAGGAGAGGCUUCUGCUGUGGUCCAAGCAGAUGACCGAAGGCUACGUAGGCGUUCGCUGCGACAACUUCACUACCUCGUGGAGGGAUGGACGACUGUUCAAUGCUAUUAUUCAUAAGUACAGGCCUGAUCUGGUGGAUAUGAGCAGAGUUUCAGCACAAAGUAGCAGAUCCAACUUAGAGCAAGCGUUUGGUGUGGCCGAGCAGCUCGGGGUGGCCCGACUGCUGGACCCAGAGGAUGUUGACGUGUCAUCUCCGGAUGAGAAGUCGGUCAUUACUUAUGUUUCAACAUUAUACGAUGUCUUCCCGAAAGUACCGGAAGGUAUGGAGGGCAUCAGUGCAAAUGAUGUGGAUAUUAAAUGGGUGGAGUACCAGAACAUGGUGAUGUACCUCAGCCAGUGGAUCAAACACAACGUCACUGUGAUGGCGGACAGAAAUUUCCCCAGCAAUCCUGUGGAACUUAAGGCACUUUAUACUCAGUAUCACCAGUUUAAAGAGAACGAAAUCCCACCGAAAGAGAAUGAAAAGGCCAAAAUCAAGCAUCUCUACAAAAUGCUAGAGGUGUGGAUGGAGUUCGGCCGUAUCCAGCUCGCUCCGGGUCUCCACCCCAAUGACGUGGAGAAGGAAUGGGGCAAGCUGAUCGUGGCCAUGCUGGAGCGGGAGAAGAGCCUGAGGCCGGAGGUGGACAGGCUCGAGAUGCUCCAGCAGAUUGCCAACCGAGUUCAGCGAGACUGCGUAUCCGGAGAGGACAAACUAGCGCUCGCGAGGACGGCUCUGCAGUCGGACGCGAAGCGCUUGGAGUCCGGAAUCCAGUUCCAGAAGGAGGCGGAGAUCGCCGGCUGUCUCCUGGAGUGUGAGGCUCUGCUGAGGCAACAGGUCGUGGACAUCCAGCUUCUGCUCGACGGCAAAUUCUACUUGGCUGACCAGCUCGUUCAAAGGGUCUCGAAGCUGCGUGACGACCUGUUGGCUUUGAGAACCGAGUGCUCCACCGUCUACAGCAAAGGACACACACUGACCUCAGAACAGACCAAGAGGAUGAUCUCCGGCAUCACGCAGAGCUUGAACUCCAGCUUCAGCGCUGGGCUGUCUCCUGCGCUCAAUCACGGAGGCCUUGUCAGUACGGGCCCUGCGAUGACCCCAUCCAUGACCCCUGCCUCGGUCCAGACUUACCUCAGCAGCGGUGGAGGAGGAGGAGGCAUGGAGCCCGGGGUCCUUCAGCAGCUCAAACACAUGCAGAUCCGCAAGCCCAUGCUCAAAUCCUCAUUCCUGGAUCCCAACCUGACCGAGGAUGAGGUCAAUCUGAAGUUUGUGCAGGAUCUCCUCAACUGGGUGGAGGAAAUGCAGGUUCAGCUGGAUCAAGCGGAUUGGGGAUCGGAUCUACCGAGUGUCGAAUCAAACUUAGGGAAUCAUAAAGAUUUCCACAAAGCCAUCGAAGAAUUCCAGAUGAGUAUUAAAGAAGCCAAAAUGAGCGAGAGUCAGAUGACCCCGCCGUGGAAGCCGAGUUACUCGGAGAAGCUGAGCCUGUUGGAGAGCCAGUACCGGAGGCUGCUGAGAUGCUCCAGCGAGAGGCAGAAGCACCUGGAGAGCCUGCAUGACUUCGUGUCCCGGGCCACUCAGGAGCUGAUCUGGCUCAACGAGAAGGAGGAAGAGGAAGUGGCCUUCGACUGGAGCGAACGAAACAGCAACGUGUCCCGGAAGAGGGAUUAUCACGCAGAUCUCAUGAGAGAACUGGAUGACAAGGAAGAGGUGAUCAGGGCAGUGCAGGAGAAGGCGGAGAGCCUCUUGCUGGAGAACCAUCCGGCCAGACUGACCAUCGAGGCGUACCGAGCGGCGAUGCAGACUCAGUGGAGCUGGAUCCUGCAACUCUGUCACUGUGUGGAGCAACAUCUCAAAGACAACGCGGUCUACUUCGACUUCUUCAGCGACGCCAAAGAGUCGUUGGAUUACCUGAAGAGCCUCCAAGACGCCAUCCACAGGAAGUACAGCUGCGACCGAAGCAGCAGUCUACACCGGCUCGAGGACCUGAUCCAGGAGUCCAUGGAGGAGAAAGAGCAGCUCCUGAAGUACAGCGGCACUGUGGGCGGGUUAGUGGGUCGGGCCAAGGCCGUCGUUCAGCUCAAGGCACGCAACCCAGAGAACCCCGUCAGAUCCUCCAUCCCCGUCAAAGCCAUCUGUGACUACCGGCAGAUAGAGAUCACCAUCGGCAAAGAGGACGAGUGUGUUCUGGUGAGUAAUUCUCACCGGGCGAAGUGGAAAGUGAUCAGUCCGUCGGGAAACGAGGCCAUGGUGCCUUCGGUCUGCUUUAGCGUUCCUCCACCCAACAAGGAGGCCGUUGAGAUGUCCAGCAGGAUUGAGCAGCUGUACCAGAAUGUUCUGGCUCUGUGGCAUCACUCUCACGUUAACAUGAAGAGCGUGGUGUCCUGGCACUAUCUGAUGACGGACAUCCGUGCCAUCCGCAAGAGCACCGUCGCCUCGAUCAAGACCCUACUGCCUGGGGAUCACGAGCAGGCGCUGGGCAGCCUGACGUCCCACUUCGAGGACUUCCUGAGGGACAGCGAUGAGUCCGAUGUCUUCACCGUGGCUGAUUGUGCUCAGCUGGAGAAGGAGGUUCUGGCUUGUAAGGAGUAUUAUGAGGAACUCCUCAAAUCUGCAGAGAGAGAGGAACACGAGGAGUCCGUGUACAACCUGUUCAUAACGGAGGUGCGUAACUUCCGCAUGCGUGUGGAGGGUCACGAGGAACAGCUGAUCAGGAAGAUCCGGACGCCGCUGGACAGAGAUGACCUGCAGGAGUGUCUUCUGCGCAUCACCGAACAGGAGAAAAAGAAGGUGGAGCUGGAUAGGUUGAAGGAAGACCUGGAGACCCUGAGGGAGAAGUGUGAGGUUUUCCUCAGGCAAGCGUCCGCCUCUCCAUCCGUCCCCACGCUCUCCUCCGAGCUCAGCAUCCUCACGCAGAGCACCAACCAGGUGUACUCCAUGUGCUGCAUCUACCUGGAGAAGCUGAAGACGGUGAGCUUGGUGGUGAAACACAGUCAGAGUGCCGAAGCUCUGGUCAAACUUUAUGAAGCCAAGUUGUGUGAGGAGGAUACGAUCAAUGCUAAUAUCAAAUCUAUCGAUGGUGUUGUGAGCACUCUCAAGCAAUGGAGGUCUGAGAUCGACGAAAGACGCGAGGUUUUCCAUGACUUGGAGGACGAGCUGCAAAAGGCACGAGUGGUCAGCGAGCGGAUGUUCAAAACGCACAACGAGAGAGACUUUGAUUUGGAUUGGCACAAGGAGAAGGCCGACCAGCUCAAAGAACGAUGGCAGAACAUCCACUCUCAGAUUGAAAACAGGCUCCGAGACCUCGAAGGCAUCAGCAAAUCCCUGAAGUAUUACAAAGACACAUACAACAGCCUGGAUGAAUGGAGCAAAGAAAUGGAGGUCAAGCAACUCAAGGCCCAAGAGAAUCAACCUGAGGACAGCAAGGCGUUGGCCGAGUUCCUGAACCAGCAGAAAGUUUUGGUUGCAGAAAUCGAGCAAAAACAGAGCAAAAUUGAGGAGUGCCAGAAGUAUUCGGAGCAUUAUGCAGUUGGAGUGAAAGACUAUGAACUGCAGUUGAUGACGUAUAGAGCCAUGGUUGACUCUCAGCAUAAGUCCCCAGUGAAGAGGAGGAAGAUGCAGAGUUCCUCUGAUGUCAUCCAGCAGGAGUUCAUGGACCUUCGUACACGUUACACAGCCCUGGUUACUCUCAUGACACAGUAUGUUAAGUUUGCAGGUGAAACACUGAAGAGGGCGGAAGAGGAUGAGAGGUCUGUUGAGGACCAGAAGAAAGAACAUGGCGAUAAAGUUAACAAGUUAUUGUCCAGUAUGAAAACGAAUCUGAACAAAGAUGGAAAAGCUCAAAGUGAUGGUAAACCCAGCACUGAGAGCACUAGUAAACCCCAGAUGUCAAUGGAGGAGAUGGUGACAAAGAAGGAACAAAUUGGAGAAGCGUUGAAAACGACCCAGCUGAUCCUAACCAAACACAGUGACAAAAUGACAGAAGAAGAAAAGCAAGAGGCAAAAGAGCAGCUCAAAUCACUUCAUCAGGCCUACAGCGAGCUCUCGCAACAGUGUGCGGAUGCGACGUCUUCAGCUGAUCAGGCCGCUGUGGAGAAGCAGAGGGAGUUUUCAGAAAAGCUGCAGGAGCUGUUUGAUGAUCUAACACAGACGGAGAACCGACUGAUUGGCCACCAGCAGCAGGCGGUCAGUGCCAAGAGUGUGGGAGACCUCCAGCAAUACCAGCAAGAGCAUCAGGCUCUACAGAAAGACCUGCAGGCUAAUGCCAGUGCCCUCAAUGAAGUCAUCAGCAGCACGAAGAAGUUUCUGGAGGAGAAUCGCAGUAAACUCACUCCAGAGCAGAUAUCGGCUCUCGAGGACAAACUGGAAGAGCUGAAGAGCAAGGCCAACAUGCUCAACCAGAAGGCAGAAGAGUCCAGGAAGGAUCUGGAGAAGGUUUUGACAAGUGCUAUCAAGCAGGAGACUGAGAAGGUAGCAGCUGUUGAACAACUCGAGGAGAGUAAAACCAAAAUUGAAGGUCUUCUAGGCUGGAUCUCCAACAUUGGGAAAGAGAAAGAAAUGGGUGGAAUACAAAAGGACCAGACGGGUAAACAGAACGGGAACAUGCCCGAGUACACGUCCGUGAAGAGGAUUAUCGGCGAGGGAGAUGAUCCUAAUGGAAAUGCAUUAGACGCUACAGAUAACACAAGUCUACAUACCGGCAAAAAGCAAGACGGUAAAGUCUUGGACCUGGACCAGCAGUAUGAUCGAGUUCAAGCUCACCACCAGGAGAUCUUGUCCCAGCAGCAGGAUUUGAUCAUCGCCACACAGUCAGCGCAGGCCUUACUGGACAAACAGGCUCAGGUCCUGUCCCCUGCGGAAAAAGACAAGCUACAGAGGGACAUCAAAGAGCUGAAGGGCCGCUACGAGUCCUCUCUCACGCAGGCCGAGCAGCAGAUGAAGCACAUGCAGACGGUUCAGGAGGAGCUGCAGAAGUUUCAGGGGGACUGUGAGGAGUUCGAGACGUGGCUCCAGCAGGCCCACGGGCAGGUGGAGGAGCUGGGGACGCCCGCGGCCAGUCUGGACACUCUGAGGAAUCAUCUACAGAGACAGAAGAGUUUCUCUGAAGAUGUCAUCUCUCAUAAAGGAGACCUGCGCUUCAUUACCAUCUCGGGCCAGAAGGUGCUGGACGCGGCGAAGGCCUGCGACCGCGGGGGAUCUGGGGGGACGGACGGCCUGGCGGUGGUUGAUAUGUCCGGGACUUGCUCUGCAGUCACAGAAAAGCUGGAUUCUGCUGCCGCUCGAUACAAAGCCUUGCACACACAGUGUAAUCAGCUCGGAAACAAUCUCAAAGACGUGGUGGACAAGUUCAAGAAGUAUGAAGAUGCCAGUGGUGUUCUGGUGAAGUGGCUCAGCGUCUCUGAGGACGAGUCCCGAAGACAGCAGUCCGAGCCCAUCGCCGGAGACCCACAAACCCUGCAGAGACAGCUGGAGGAGACCAAGAGUCUUCAAGGGCAAACGGCGUCCCAUCAGGCUGUGCUGGAUACGCUGAGGAGGUCAUGUGACGCCCUGAUCUCUGCGGAGGGAGAACUGCUGUCCAAUCCUGAGGAGAUUCAGGAGGCCGUCGACGACGUGGCGGAGAGAUACGAUAACCUGUGUAAGUGUGUGAGCGACCGCCACGAGAAGCUGCAGGUGACCCUGACCCGCUCUCUGAGUGUCCAGGACGGGCUGGACGAGAUGAUGUCCUGGAUGGAGAAGGUGGAGGAGAGCGUGAAGGAGACGCCGCACGUGCCACUCGACUCACACUCCAUCACAAGUGCUCUCAGCAAACAGGCAGCUGUGGAGCAGGACAUGUCCAUCCGGCAGAGCAGCAUCUCCGCCAUGAAGCUGAAGGUGCAGGCGUUUGUGGAGAGCGCGGAUCCCGCCGCCGCUAGCCUGCUCCGCGGUCGGAUGGAGAGCCUGUCCCAGCGCUUCACGGACGCCUCUGAGCGCCACAAGCGGAAGCUGUCUCAGAUGGAGGAGCUCAGAGAGCGGGUGGAGCGGGUGGAGAAGACCUCCGAGAAGCUGCAGCAGUUCGUGAUGAAGAGCUCACAGGCUCUGGCGGAGAGCGACGGACCCGGGAAGAGCGUCGCUGAACUCUCACAGCUCGUACAGGACACAGAUGCGGAGUUGUGUGAGCGUGCGGAGGACGUGGAAACCCUACGGAAACUGUGUGAGGAACUGGGCCGAUCCGGUCCUGAAGGAAGCGCAGAUCUUCUCCAGAGCAAGAUGCAGAACAUCUGCGACAGCUUCAAUGCUUUUAAAGACACACUCAUGGAGAAGAAGCAGGAGGUUGGGUCGUGCCAGAAGCAGCUGCAGGAGUUCGGAGCGGACGCAGGGGUGUUAAUGAAGUGGCUGGAGGACACCGAAGAGCAGGUGCCGGUGUGUGAGGCCGACUGCAGUGAACAAGGCCUGGGGAAACACCUGCGCAACAUCACUGGCUUGCUGGACGAGUGGACCUCCAAAGCUCCCGCCGUCCAGGAUAUAAAUAGCAAAGGAUCUGCUCUAUGUAGCAUAAUCAGUGUUUUGACAUCACCGGCCAAAGCCAAGAUACAUCACAACUCAGGAUCAGCUGUCAGUAAUGGUUCUGGUCCAGGAAGCCAUGCCUAUCUAACAAACCAAGAGUUGGCGCUGGUGCAGCAGAAGAUGUCCUGCAUUAACAGCGGUUAUGGGCGUCUCGGGGAGCUCCUGAAGGCCCGAUCCUCGCAGCUCAGCGCCGUGUUGAAGAGAGUGCAAGCGGUCCGUGAACAGGCCGAGUCUCUGCGCCAGUGGAUGGACGACGCGAAGAACACGGCGGCAUCAUGGAGUCGGCAUCCGUCUGCCAAACACACCGUCAAAUUACAGAUCGAGCAACAGAAGGUUUUUGAAGAGAAUAUGAAAGGAAAGCAAGCUGAGCUCCAGCAGCUCAGGGAGAGUUUGCUCAGUUUAAUGGAGGAGAACCCGGAUCGGCCCGAGGCAGAACAGUGGAAGCACAUGCUGGCACAGAUAGAUGCGGGAUGGGAGGAGGUCAGGGGAUGCAUGGAGAUGGGGAAGCAGCACCUGGAGGAGUCGUGCCGGAUGCUGGAGCUCUUCCAGACGACCCAACCACAACUCUCGCAGUGGCUGCAGGAGAAGGAGCUGAUGAUGGGCGUCCUGGGCUCUGUGUCUAUGGAUCCCAACAUGCUUAACACACAAAAGCAGCAAGUCCAGAUUCUCCUCAAGGAGUUUGACAGCCGCAAGCCUCAGUAUGAGAAGUUAACCGAGGCCGCCGCGGCCAUCGCCAGUGCCUCCGAGAAGCAGGACCCUGCUGUCGAGCCGGUUCAGGAACAGCUGGCGUCUAUUUCCCAGAAGUGGCAGGCCUUGACGGGUCAGCUGUCUCAAAGACAUGCCCUCAUCGAGCAGGCCGUCGGUAAGACCGCUCAGUUCCAGGAGAUUUUGCAAAGACUCAGCAAAAGUGCCACCUGCCUGGAGACUGAACUAAAUAACCAGCAGGCUCUCAGCACCCAACCUGACGAAGUCAAGAAACAGAUCGAAGCCACCAAUGCAAUCCUGGCUCAGCUACGAGAGGAGAAGAAGAGGCUGAAAGAGGCAGAGAACAUUUGCUCUGAGCUCUCUGCAAUGGUGACUGAGGAAUAUCUCAGAGCAGACUUGACCAAACAGCUGGAGGCCGUCACUAAACCAUUCAGACAACUUGAGGACAAAGCAGGAAAGCGGAUUGAGCAGCUCAACUCGGCCUUUGCCAGCUCCCAGCAGUUCCAUCAGACCUCGAAGGACUUCCAAGCCUGGCUGAAUCAAACUCUCCAGGAGCAGAGCAAGACACAGCCCAUCUCCGCCUACGCAGAGAGGCUAAAACAGAGUCUCAAGGAGAACAGUGCAGUUCAGAAGGCCAUUAGUGACCAUGAGGGACCUUAUAACACCAUCAUGAAAGAGGGUGAAACUCUCCUUCAGAGGACAGAGGGGGCAGAAAAGGUGGCCCUUCAGGGACAGCUCUCUGCUCUAAAGUCCAGCUGGGACGAUGUGAAGAAAAGCAAUGCUGAUCAAGCAGAGAAGCUUCAAGGGGCCAUGCAGAGGGCGUUGAAGUACAAGGAACAUUCAGAGCAACUGAGCUCGUGGUUGCAAGAGUUUGAAGACAGGGGGAAGAAUGUAAAGCUCAGCGUGAACUCGGUGGAGAUCGAGGGUUCCCUCUUGCAGUUGAAGGCCAUCCAGAAGGAUGUUGACAAGCACCGAGGGCAAGUCGUGAUAACGAACACAGCUGCAGAUAGCCUCCUGGAGGUCGUCACUUCAGAUGGCGAUAUGGUUAGGGAGGAGAAGGCAACCAUUGGUAAACGACUGGAUAAGCUGACGGAAGAUUUAAUGCUCAAAAGAGAAACAUUAGAAAAUAUCUCGCAAAAACUCAAAGAGUUCAAUGACUUACAGAAAGAAGCCAAAGGCCAACUGGAGGGUGCCAGGAAACAGCUCGAUUCGCACUCUUCCCUGGGUGUCCAGGCCUACAGCAACAAGAACCUGACCAACAUGAAGGCCCAGCAGAACAGCUUGGAGGGUGUCCACAACCAGAUUGAGCAUCUUAAAAGUCUUGCACAAAGUCUUGUAGUAGAUGCCUCUGAGGUUGAAGGUGUGACAGACCUUCUCCUUCAGGCAGAUAGCUUGGAAAAAGACCACAUGUCAAUUACCAAAAAGGUAGAGGACGCUUGCUCCACCCUGGAGAACAAGCUCCAGGGCAUCGGGCAAUUCCAGAACAGCAUCCGCGAAAUGUUUGCCAACUUUGCAGACCUGGAUGACGAGUUGGAUGGUAUGGCUUCAGUGGGCAGGGAUCUUGACACCUUACGGGAUCAGCAAAGCACUAUCCAAGACUUUGUUGCUAAACUUCAGGAUCUGAUGACCAACACAGCCAAUGGGAGAGACAGUUGCAAGAAGAUGCUGGAGUCAGAGGCCUCACCGGAUCUCCUGGGUCUAAAGAGAGACUUGGACGCCCUGGGCAAGCAAUGUGGAAAGCUGAUGGACAGAGCCACCUCGAGAAGGGAACUGGUCGAGGAGACCCUCGGUCAUCUGGAGGAGUUCUGCAGCAAGGCGCAAGAGUUUACCUCCAAACUAAGCAGUGCCGAGAAGCAAGAGGAGUCCCAAGGGUCUGUUGGAUUGGAAACAGAAGUCAUUAACCAACAACUGGAGUCCUUCAAGGUUUUCCAGAAAGACGUCAUUGAGUCGCUGCAGAGCCAAUUGCAUGAGUUGAACACUCUGGGCCAUUCACUGAUUCAGAACGCCGGCAAAGGCACCAGCACCAAAAGCCUUGAUCGUGAUCUCGAAGAGGUCAACACCAGGUGGAAUACCCUCAACAAAAAAGUUGCGGAGCGAUCGGCACAGCUUCACGAAGCCCUGCUGCACUGUGGCCGCUUCCAGGAUGCACUGGAGUCUCUUCUCAGCUGGCUCACGGACACAGAGGAGCUGGUGGCCAAUCAGAAGCCUCCGUCAGCAGAAUUCAAAGUGGUCAAAGCACAGAUACAAGAGCAGAAGCUCCUGCAGAGACUGCUGGAUGAGCGAAGAGCCACAGUGGAGCUGAUUAAGACGGAGGGACGGAAGAUGACGGCUUUAGCUGACACUGUUGAUAAGGAGAAGAUUGCGAGAGAGAUUGAAUGCCUGGGGCAACGGUGGGAUGCCCUGCUGAAGAAAGCGGAGAACAGACACAAGCAGCUGGAGAAUAUAUUGGUGGUGGCGCAGCAGUUCCACGAGACCCUCGAGCCGUUGACGGAGUGGCUGACGGCUACCGAAAAAAGACUCGCCAACUCAGAGCCCAUCGGGACCCAGACGGCCAAGUUAGAGGAGCAGAUCUCCCAGCAGAAGGCCUUAGAGGAGGAGGUUUUGGGCCGUGGUAAGGUCUUGUACCAGGCCAUGAGUCUGGGCCAGUCUCUUCGGGCGGUGGGCUGUGUGGAUGACAAGGAGCUGGUUCAGGCAAAGCUGAACAACACCAACAGCAGAUACAUGGAGCUGCAGGAGCAGUGCCGUCAGAAGGCCGAGCUCCUGCGACAGGCCCUGGCCAAUGCGCAGCUCUUUGGGGAGGACGAAGUGUCCCUCAUGACCUGGCUGGAUGAGGUGCACUGCAAACUGAGCGAAGUCUCGGUCCAAGACCACAGCGUGGCCGUGCUCGUGAAACAGCGCGCUGAACAGCUGACUCUUCAUGAAGACAUUGAGUUGAGGAAACAGGAUAUUGAACAGGCCGUCCUAAACGGGUUAGAACUGCUGAAACAGUCCACAGGCGAUGAGGUUGUGGUCAUCCAAGGUAAACUGGAUGGGAUAAAGACGAGGUAUUCAGAGAUCAACACAAUGAGCGGCGAUGUUUCAAAGACUCUGGACAAAGCCCUGUCUCUCGCCACCAAGCUGCACAACACCCACGAGGAGCUGGACUCCUGGCUGGAGAAGGUGGAGUCUGAGCUGGCUUCGUUUAAAGCUGAAGAGCCAGUCGGAGAACAGCUCACCGGCUUGCAAGAGAGGCAGAAAACGCUGCUGAAGGAGGUGAAGGACCAGAAGCCACUGGUGGACUCUCUGAAUGAAGUAACCAGUGCUCUGCUGGAACUGGUCCCCUGGCGAGCGAGAGAAGGCUUGGACAGGAUGGUCACAGAUUACAACGAGCGCUACCGAUCGGCCAGCGAUGCCAUCACGCAACACGUGGACCAGACUGGAGCCGCCAUCUUAAAAUCCCAGCAGUUGGAUGAGGCGGCCGCCACUGAGCUGGAGUGGCUGUCGAAGGCAGAGAAGAAGUUGUCCUGUCUUGGAGACGUCAGGCUUGAACCGGAGCAGACCGCAGCUCAGCUACAGGCUCAGAAGAGCUUCUCUAUGGACAUCAUGAGACAUAAAGAUGCUGUGGAUGACAUUGUAAAGACCGGCGAGGUGAUUAUGAGCAGCAAAGAUGAAGCAGAGAAGCAGGCGUUGAGGGUGAAGCUCCAGGUGUUGUCGGAGAAGUACGCUGUGGUCAGUCAGCUGAACUCGGAGCGCUGUCUGCAGCUGGAGAGAGCUCACUCCCUCGUCUGCCAGUUCUGGGAGACGCACGACGAGCUCUGGCCAUGGCUUCAGGAGACCAGAACCAGCUUCACUCAGCUGUCCAAACCAGCCAUCGAGUACGAGGCCCUGAGACAGCAGCAGGAGGAGCUGAGGCAAAUGAGGGAGCUGAUAGCAGAGCACAAGCCACACAUCGACAAGAUGAAUAAGACCGGACCUCAGCUGGUGGAGCUGAGUCCCACAGAAGCCACGGCCAUCCGAGAGAAGUACCAGACCACCGACCGCCUGUACGGCCAGCUCAAAGUGGACGUCAGGGUCCGAGCCGCUGUCCUGGACGAGGCCAUCUCCAAAUCCACACAGUUCCACGAUAAGAUCGAGCCGAUGCUGGAGUCUCUGGAGCGCAUCUCUGAACGCCUGCGCCAGCCGCCGUCCAUCUCUGUGGAGGUGGAGAAGAUCCGAGAGCAGAUCUCCGAGACCCGAGCCGUGACUGUGGACCUGGAGAAGCUCCAGCCGUCGUACGAGACGCUCCGCGAGCGAGGAGAGGAGAUGAUCGCGCGCUCGGAGGGAGCACACAAGGACCUCUCCGCCAAAGCUGUCCAAGAUAAGCUGGACCAGAUGGUGUUCCUGUGGACGGACAUCCAAGUGCUCCUGGAGGAGAGAGAGGCCAAGCUGCUGGACGUCAUGGACUUAGCGGAGAAGUUCUGGUGCGAUCACUGCGCGCUCAUCGUCACCAUCAAGGACUCGCAGGACCUCCUGAGAGAGCUGGAGGAGCCCGGAGUGGACCCGUCGGUGGUCAAGCAGCAGCAGGAGUCGGUGGAGAGCUUCAGGGAGGAGAUCGACGGGCUGCAGGACGAACUCAACGUAGUCCAGAACCUGGGGGCCGAGCUCAUGACCGCGUGUGGAGAACCUGAUAAACCAGUGAUCAAGAAGAGUAUAGAUGAGGUGAACUCCGCCUGGGAAACCCUGAACAAGACAUGGAAGGAGAGAGUGGAGACUCUAGAGGAAGCCAUGCAGGCUGCGGUUCAGUUCCAGGACAGUCUCCAGAACAUGUUCGACUCUGUGGACAUUAUGGAGAGCAAACUGGAUUCGAUGUCGCCCGUGGGCACUGACCUGGAGACUGUGAAACAGCAGAUCGAGGAGCUGAAGGAGUUCAAAGGUGACGCAUACCAGCUUCAGAUCGAGAUGGAGAGACUGAACCAUCAGGCCGGGCUCCUGCUGAAGAAGGUGUGUGAGGAAGACGACCGAACCUCCAUCCUGGAGCCCAUGAACGAGCUGAAGAUGCUCUGGGAAAACCUGGACAAGAAGAUCAUCAACAGACAGCACAAGCUGGAGGGCGCGCUGUUGGCUCUCGGGCAGUUCCAGCACGCUCUGGAUGAACUUCUGGCUUGGCUCACACACACCGAAGAUCUGCUCGGGGAACAGAAGAAGAGCUGUGGCGACCCCAAAGCCAUCGAGAUCGAGCUCGCAAAACACCACGUGUUGCAGAAUGACGUGCUGGCCCAUAAGACCACGGUGGAGGCUGUGAACACGGCGGGCCGGGAGCUGGUGGACUCCAGCGCUGGAGAGGAGGCCCGUGGACUUCAGAUCAAGCUGGAGAACCUCAACCAGCGCUGGAAGACUGUCCUGGAGAAGACGGAGCAGAGAUGGCAGCUUCUGGACAGCGCUUUACUGCAGGCUCAAGGUUUCCACGGUGAGAUUGAAGACGUGCAGCAGUGGCUGAAAGUCACGGAGCGUCAGCUGUUAGCCUCCAAAGCCCUGGGCGGAUUACCAGACACGGCCCGAGAGCAGCUACACACACAUCUGGAGCUCUGCAGUGCAAUGGAAGUGAAGGAGGAAAUAUACAAGCAACUUCUUGAGCGAGGGCAGCAGAUUUUGGCCUUGACCCCUGAGGGUCAGGACAGCACCACUGAACUGGACCUACGCAACCUGCAGGACAAGUGGGAGUGUGUUCAGGCCAAAGUGAUGGAGAGGAAGGUGAAACUGGAGGAAGCUCUGGCGAUGGCCACAGACUUCCAUAACUCGCUGCAGGAUUUCAUCAACUGGCUGACCCAGGCCGAACAGACGCUCACUAUGAUAUCUCCCGCCUCUCUCAUCCUGGAGACCAUCCUGUUCCAGAUAGACGAGCAUAAGGUGUUUGUGAUUGAGGUGAACUCUCAUCGGGAUCAAAUCAUCGAGCUGGAUAAGACCGGGACACACCUGAAGUACUUCAGUCAGAAACAAGAUGUGGUGUUGAUCAAGAACCUCCUGCUGAGCGUUCAGGGCCGCUGGGAGAAGGUGGUUCAGCGCUCGGUGGAGAGAGGACGCCAGCUGGACGACGCCAGGAAACGGGCCAAGCAGUUCCACGAGACCUGGAACAAACUGAUGGAGUGGCUGGACGAGUCCGAGAGGUCGCUGGAUUCUGAGUUGGAGAUCGCCAAUGAUCCAGACAGGAUCAAGACACAGUUGACCCAGCACAAGGACUUCCAGAAAGCACUGGGCAGCAAACAUUCAGUAUACGACACCACCAGUCGCACGGGCCGAGCUUUGAAGGACAAGACUUCCUUGAAAGAUGACAACCAGAAACUGGACGACAUGCUCAGUGAGCUCAGGGACAAAUGGGACACAGUCUGCGGGAAAUCUGUGGAGAGGCAGAACAAGCUUGAGGAGGCUCUGCUGUUCUCAGGUCAGUUCACAGACGCGCUGCAGGCCCUCAUCGACUGGCUGUAUCGAGUGGAACCACAGCUAGCAGAAGACCAGCCGGUUCACGGGGACAUAGACCUCGUCCUGAACCUCAUCGACAGCCAUAAGGUGUUCCAGAAAGAGUUGGGCAAGAGGACCGGCAGCGUGCAGGCCUUGAAGCGUUCGGCCCGAGAGCUGAUCGAGAACACACACGAUGACUCUUCCUGGGUCAAAGUUCAGAUGCAAGAGCUGAGCACUCGCUGGGAGACGGUGUGUAGCCUCUCUGUGUCCAAACAGACUCGGCUGGAGCAGGCGCUGUGUCAGGCUGAGGAGUUUCACUCCACCGUUCAUAUCUUACUGGAGUGGCUCGCAGAAGCGGAGCAGAGUCUUCGGUUUCACGGUGCGCUGCCGGACGAUGAGGAAGCCCUCCGCGCGCUCAUCCAGCAGCACAAGGACUUUAUGAAGAAUCUGGAAGAGAAGAGACUGGGCCUGAAUAAAGCCACCAGUUUGGGAGAGGCGAUCCUGUCCAUCUGCCACCCAGACUCCAUCACCACCAUCAAACACUGGAACACCAUCAUUAAAGCGCGCUUUGAGGAGGUGACGGCCUGGGCUCGACAGCACCAGCAGAGACUCUCCAGUGCUCUGGCCGACCUGCUGGCCACUCAGGAACUGCUGGAGAACCUCCUGAACUGGCUCCAGUGGGCCGAGACCACACUCGGAGAGAAAGACAAGGAACCUCUUCCUCAGGAGCUUGAGCAAGUCAAGUCCCUCAUCGCUGAGCACCAGACAUUCAUGGAAGAGAUGACCAGAAAACAGCCGGAUGUGGACAAAAUCACCAAAACUCAUAAAAGGAAAGCCACAGCAGACCCCCCGGUGCAGUCUCAGAUCCCUGUUCUGCACAAAGGACGAUCAGUCAGAAAGAGAUCUCCUACACAAACCAUGUACGCCGCAGCAUCACAGGCUCAAAUCGAGACGAAGAACCCCAGAGUGAACCUGCUGGUCAGUAAGUGGCAGCAAGUGUGGCUUCUGGCUCUGGACAGGAGAAGGAAGCUCAACGAUGCUCUGGACAGACUAGAGGAGCUGAAAGAGUUUGCCAACUUCGACUUUGACGUAUGGAGGAAACGCUACAUGCGCUGGAUGAACCACAAGAAAUCACGCGUCAUGGACUUCUUCCGUCGUAUUGAUAAAGACCAGGAUGGCAAAGUCACGAGGCAGGAAUUCAUCGAUGGCAUCCUGUCGUCAAAGUUUCCCACCAGUCGUCUGGAGAUGAGCGCCGUGGCGGACAUCUUUGAUCGGGACGGCGAUGGUUACAUUGACUACUAUGAGUUUGUGGCUGCUUUACAUCCCAACAAAGACGCCUACAAACCCUUAACCGAUGCUGACAAAAUUGAAGAUGAGGUGACUCGCCAAGUUGCAAAGUGCAAGUGUCCCAAGCGCUUCCAAGUAGAGCAGAUUGGCGCCAACAAAUAUCGGUUCUACCUUGGAAACCAGUUUGGUCUCGUUCACUGCUUACAUGAUCCCUUAAUCGCCGACGAGACUAUAACAAACAGGGACAAUCAAAAUCUAACCCCCCAUCUACACGUUGCGGUUUUGGAAAGCUGUAUCCUGUUUGGAGACUCCCAGCAGCUCCGGCUGGUGCGGAUCCUGCGCAGUACGGUGAUGGUGCGGGUCGGCGGGGGCUGGAUGGCCCUGGAUGAGUUCCUGGUGAAAAAUGACCCGUGCAGAGUUCACCACCACGGGAGUAAAAUGUUGCGCUCGGAAUCAAACUCUUCAAUUACUCAGUCUCCUAUAGGUUGGCAACUCUCACACUUUCUCUCCUUGCUCAAUCCCAGUGCAAAGGGCAGAACCAACGUGGAGCUGCGCGAGAAGUUUAUUCUCCCAGAAGGCACCACCCAGGUGAUGGCCAGUUUCCGCUACAGAGGUCGAAGGUCACGGCCUUCCUCAAGAGGCCCCUCCCCUAACAGAUCCAACUCCAGCCACAGCUGCCCCGCACAACCCAACCCAUCGGGCGCCAGCACACCCAAGACUCCCCAACAUUUAAUCCGAAAUUAUGAUAAACCCUGGCUGACAAACAGCAAAUCAGCUACUCCCCUUAAAUCAUCCGACUCCUUUGACAGCCAAGGGUCGUCCAAUGAGAACACCCCCAUUCAGGGCAGCAAGCUUCGUCUUCCAGGAUAUUUGUCAGGAAAAGGCUUUCAGUCGGGAGAGGAUGGAAGCCUGAUCAACGCUGCCGUCAUGAAGGCCAGAGGUCAAGCCAUGGGGUUGAGUAAGAUCUCGAGCAGGCCUGGCAGUAAAGCGGGAAGCCGAGGGAGCAGUCGGCGCGGCAGCGACGCCUCAGACUUCGAUAUCUCGGACAUCCAGUCAGUUUGCUCGGACGCGUCGGAGAACGUGACCGACUCAGGACGGCCACGCUCAUCCUCUCGCCAUCACGGGGGGAAGCCCUCCAAGAUCCCAACUCCCCAAAGGAGGAGCACCCCUACUAGCAAACUGGCCAAGACCAGCAAGAGAUAGUCAAGAGUCCAGUCCACGGUACAAGCCCUCGUUCUGGCAGCACUGGUCAGACUGGACACGCGUACAUCCACACUAAAGACUGCAAAGUGUUUUGUUCUCAUUUUUAAAAAGCGUAGCGAGAUGUAAAUUAUUCUGUUGUGAAGGUGAAAAAGGAAGUGUGUGUGUGGAAUGCAACGGCUUUGUGUAUUUGUCCUGUACUCUAUGUGAACGUCAUUAAUAUUUAGUUUGAUCGCUGGGAAAGAUCAGCGAACACAAGACUGUACGUUGUUAGGCUACCUAACACUUUUCCACAUGUCCGUGUCGAGGGAGAAGCUGAAUGUACAGUCGUUUCCUCCUGUUGGUGAUAAUAUGCCCCUGUAUUCUGCCAGGACACCGCCGUUAUUUAUUCAUCUAUUUAAAGUGCAAUGACAAGCUGCUGUUAUGCAUUUAAAGGGCAAUACAAUACUGUAACCACUGCAAUCAUACACUACAACUAACCUGAUCAUGGCCUUUAAACUUAUAACACUCGUCUCUAGCGUCUGCUGUAUUGUUCAUUUCAUCAAAUCACAAACUUUCUGACUAAAAAACAUUCAUUAAGUGCAAUGCCUGUGUGUAUUUAUGGUUUCUUUUUGCCUGAGUGAUGCAAAUUACUCAACUUUUUGUAAUAAAUAUGCUUGCAGAAAGCUCAACAAUAUACACAACAA